AUGGGCUUCUCAAAAGCUUUGCGUUGGUUUUCUCGCAGACGUUCGAAACAUAAGCGAUCGAACUCCACUACUUCACCAAUACAAACAGAGCCUACUAUCAGUGAUCCAAAACAUUCGCAAACAAGUCCUUUCGUCACAGUCAUUGAACCGAGUCAGGAAGAUCUAAACGCAACGGAUAACCUAGUUAGUAACGCAUCGAAUCAACAGAUAGGCGAGAGUCGACAGGCUCAAGCUUUGGUCCAGGCUCCCGAGCACCAAGCUGUUCUGGACAGUGGACACCCCGUCGAACCAGUUAAGAAGGCCAGUACACCGUCAAGGUCGGCUUUCGAGAACCUACAGAUCGAAAAAUCGGGUGGUCGCAGUCAGGGCUCGCCCAUCCGUAUAUGUCAAUCUUCGAAUGAUCAUGAAGAUGAGAUUUUACCAGCAAGCAGCCUGUCGAGCGAGAUUGAAGAUGAGAAUCACAAAAGCACUGCGGGUCUAUCCAAGGGCAAGGAUGUUUGUCUUGAAUAUAACCAGGAAAAUAAACCUAACGAGUCAACAAGGCAACUUAGCAACGAGACGAUGUUGUCGGAUGUAUCCUGCGCGACUGUCCAGCGUAACCCAUCGAGAUAUUGCCAGAGCCCGAUUGCAACCGUAGACUUCAGGAUUCCAUCCGAGAAUGAUAGCCCAUUUUCAGAUAGACAUGCCAUAGGGAGGCGGCCCGACAUGUCUGGUUCGGAAAACGUGUUAAAACCUAGUGGAUCGCUUGCUUUGGUAGAACGUGGCCCGAGUACUUGCUCAAGUAGCGAACCGCAUCGCCCAGACACUAGGAGAGUACCUAGGCGCUCAUCAGAUAUAAUAUCCAACAGAAUAGUAUCCGGCACAGCUGUUCCACAGAGGGACACCCUUCGUUCCACAGCCUCGAACCGUCUCCAUACCUCCGUUGAAGUAUUGGAGAUUGUACUACCCUCCAAAUCCCAAGAUGAAGCUACAAAUCUAGCGGAAGGAGACAGCUUGCCCAAACGUUCCGAUUCCUUUCUUGGUCGUAUUCGGAGCGUCAAGUCGAACUUGGGCCUGAACUGCAGAAACAGUAAUAGGAGAACACUGCGUCGUAUCCAAACCUUUGCCAACUUACCUCGACAAUACCAUAUCGGUGAUUUGAACGGUAAAGGAUUGGAGGAAUUGGCCCGCCUCGGAGGACUGAGUUAUCUGGAUUUGCCCGAGGGGUACGGUCCCCGUAAGCUAGCAUUGCCGACAUGUUUCGCUUCAACAAUGGGCUACCUUUUGGAAAAUGGCAUCGGCAUUUAUGACCUGCAUCAGAAACAUGAUGAUAAUGAUGUCGUUCGUUCGCUGUACAGUGAAUAUGCCCACCAGGUGCUGUCUGCCGCAAUGAGAAAAGAUACAAUUGACAAAACUACGAGAGCCGUCAGACAACCAAAUGCGUUGGUACCACCACUUGAUAAGCCCUCUGGAAGAAACAUGAGAUUUAUACACGAUGUUUCCACAGUGUUCAAACACUUGUUAUGUGGUAUACCUGGUGGCAUUCUGGGAUCUGUGUACUUAGGCAAAGUGUUACGACAAAUUCAACAACAUGAAUUCAAAACCUUCUCAGUGAUUAAAGAUCCGCACCGAAGGGAGUAUCGCCCCGAUCUUCCACUUCCCAAGGCUGCGAAAAUCCGGUUAAUAGCACUUGCCCUGGCUGCCUUAACGAGCGAUAUGCAAUUGGACUUUAUAUGUGCUAUCUUCGGCCUCCUUGCUUUCACAGCUGACGAAAACGCUAAGGUCCGCAACGCGCCCGAUUAUAAUAACAACAGCUUCUUUACUCUUCCAGAUUCUGAGUCGUUGGAUGGGAUCUUUGGUUUUGUUCUUGUGGACCCGAGUUCGGCUCCAUUAAUUCCUGACGAAAGCUUUAUUCUGCAAGACCCCGGAAUCUGUUAUGAAGGUCUAGUGAAAAUGAUCAUUGAUCACUGGAAGGACAUUUAUGUGCAGUUGUCAUGGAUGGAGGGUUUUUAG